UGUGAGGCUCCAGUACAUGUUGGUUCAACGUCGCAACCCCGGUCCACUCAGCCUCAUUCACAUUUCCCAGCUGGACGUGCGAGGUGUAGACGUGCUGCAGCGACACCUUAUCCCUCUGGUACCAUAUUAGUUACCUUCUUAAGACAAUGGUGAACCUUGGCGACGUCUUCCCUAACUUCACGGCCAAUUCUACAGUGGGCACCAUCAAACUCCACACCUACCUGGAGGACUCAUGGGGUGUUGUCUUCUCCCACCCCGCUGACUACACCCCUGUGUGUACCACCGAGUUGGGCCGUGUCGCAAAAUUGGUUCCCGAGUUUACGAAGAGAAAUGUGAAGCUGAUGGCAAUUUCCUGUGACUCUGUUGAGGACCAUCAUGGCUGGAUCAAGGACAUUCAGUCAUACAAUUGCCUAAGUGGAGACUUCCCAUUCCCAAUCAUAGCCGACCCAGAUCGUGAUCUUGCUGUUACCCUCGGCAUGAUUGACCCAGAUGAAAAGACUGCUACUGGUAUGCCUCUCACAUGCCGUGCUGUUUUUAUCAUUGGCCCAGACAAGAAACUCAAGCUGUCCAUUCUUUAUCCUGCAACUACUGGACGCAAUUUUGAUGAGAUUCUGCGUGUGAUUGAUUCCCUACAGUUGACAGCUGUGAAGAAGGUAGCAACACCUGCAGACUGGCAGCAAGAGAGUCAUUGUAUGGUGCUGCCCUCAAUCCCUGCUGAAGAGGCCAAAAAAAUCUUCCCCGAACACAAAGUUCACCAGGUUCCUUCUGGCAAGGAGUAUCUCCGCACCACUCCAGUGCCAAAGUAAUAUGAAUGGAUACUUCUCAACUCUCCAUUUACUCUGCACACAGUCUUUGCAGUAAAUAAUGUCCAGUUAAUCUUACCAGAUCAAAAACUUACAUAAGCACAUCAAUAAUCAAGAAUUAAACUUUAAUGGAUAGUGCAUAACUUUAAAGCAAAAGUUUAUAUUAGUUACUAUAACAUAAUUAUGUUAAACAUAUAUGAUGGCUUUCACAAUUUUAUACGUUGACUUGUUUUGGGAUUUUUGGCCACUUCACCACUGUAAGAAGUUGCUUGGAUGAUCCUUCACGUGCCUUUGAUGGUGAUACAUUCCAAUAAAGUUGCUUUGCAAUAAACAUAACAAAAAUUA